AUGAAAUCCUUCAUCACUCUCGCCGCCCUUUUUGGCAUCCUGUCAUUCACCUCCGCCUCCGCCAUCGCAGAAGAACCCACCAGCACCCUAGUAGCCGCCCCUGAAGAAGCCCGCAGCAUCAACAGCGCCGCCGCACCCAUCAUCUCCGUCCUCGUCGGCCCCAACCAACAACUGAUCUUCGACCCACCCUACAUCAACCACGUCGGCCAAGGCCAACGCAUCCACUUCGACUUCCGCGCCAUCAACCAUACCUUCACCGAAUCCAGCUUCGAGAAGCCAUGCACCAAGAUCCCGGGCGCCCAGUUCGACACCAACUUCGGCAACUUCAACCCGGAUGAUAUUCCGAAUUUCAAACCAUUCGAUAUCACGCUGGAGAGUGACAAGCCGAGGUUCUUCUAUUGCAAGCAGGCGAACAGGACGCCGAACUCGCAUUGUGGGAAGGGCAUGGUGUUUGCGAUCAACGUGGAUGCCUGGACUUUUGAGCAGUUCCAGAGGAACGCGGCUGUGGAUGGGUUGCCAAAAAUCAAGGGGAGGGCACCGGUCGUGGAAGAGGACGAGGAGUAA